AUGCUAUCCUCUAUCAACAGAGAUGUGGACUCCCAAAAUAUGUUGGAAUUCAUUCAUAAUUUGCCACAAGAGUUGAAGGCAGCACUGUCCAAGAGGCAGCCAUCAUUACCACAGCUACAACAAUAUGUACUUGCAUUAAAGCGUUCAAAUGUUGGAUUUCAAGAGCUUAAGAAAACUAUUCAUAACAGACAAUAUGAAGCAGAAGAUGAUAGUCAUUCUGUAUUAAAAUACUUAGGGUUGAAUACUCAUUCACCAAAAAGACAGUUUGAUAUGUCAAUGAGUGAGAAAUGUUGCCAAGUUGGUUGUACCAGAAGAUCUAUUGCUAAAUCAUGCUGA